AUGGUGAUUAGUAGCUUAAGUUUCAGAUCAACAAAGCGAUUUUUCGCAACUGUCCGCCAAAGCUUCUGGUAUCCAAGAUCCCGAUCUGAUCUUGAUACUGUAGAUAAAUCCUACGAAAAUUUUGUUGAAAAGCUUGAAAUUUCCUAUCCAGGCUCAGACGACGUUGACUAUAUGAGCUGGCUCAGAUCAGUAAGAAACUACAGCACAUCAGUCAAUUCAGAAGUUCCUGACGUUUUCUACCCAGACCAAGCAAACAAAACCUGAAGCCUCCUCUAUGCAAGGCUUAGAGAGCUUCAUUACCUUUAUGCUUGUGAUGAGCAUAAGUCAAACCUCAAAGAUUUAGAAAAUUUGGGGGUUUAUACAGGAGAAAAGAUACCACAGUUAUCGCAAAUAAACAACUGAUUAAGCUCGAAAACUGGCUUCAAAUUGAUUCCAGUUGGAGGAAUAAUCAAUGCUAGGUCCUUUUUAUAUGGGCUAGCUUAUAGAGUGUUUCUCUCAACGAGAUAUAUUCGCCACAUUUCGGUUCCUUUUUAUUCGCCUGAACCUGACAUUGUGCAUGAGCUCAUGGGGCAUGUCCCACUCUUCGGGAAUGAAGAACUUGCUGAGUUUUCUCAAGAAAUUGGGAAGAAGUCACUGGGGGCAAGCGAUGCGGACAUUGAGAAAUUAUGCUAUUUUGGAUAAGUCUACAAUAAUAAUCAGGAAAAGCUAACUGUUUUAGUUUUGUAAAUAUGCAGUAAUAAUUGAACUAAAAAUGCAUAGCAAAAAUUUAUUUUUACUCAAUCGAAUUUGGGAUCGUUGGCGAUAAAAUUUUGGGUGCAGGCAUCCUUGGGUCUUGCAAAGAAAUUGUACAUGUAAAAGAAGAUAAAUGUGAUUUUAUUGGCUGGGAUACUAAAAAAAUCUUAAGUAUGGAUUUUACCCUUUCUUCAUAUCAGCCUGCCUAUUACAAGACAGAAAAUCUCUCUGAGAUAAAAAAAUCAGUUAUGGAGGCCUGCAACUUAAUAUAA